CCUACCGCAGUCGCUAUGAUUGUGACAGGAUUGUGGAUGUGGGUAGAUGCCGGAAUCAAACGGUUGCAGCCCUAUGUGGAUCUUGUUCACGGUGGCUCGCCCGCGAAAAGGAGCCUCCUGUUGGAUUAUACUCAUAUACAGUGCUCAUAUGGUCACAGGCGAUAUCUUGUAUGGUAUACGGCGAACCGCAACAAGCAUUACGCCAUCUUUAUAUCGUCACUCGUGUUGAUCGUCACGGCCACAUUUCAAUUUCUGGCGUCAUCGCUCUUGAUCGUUCAGGAC